AUGAGGCGUGCUCGAAUCCAGGUGAAACCAAUAUUGAACUCCCGCCUGGUUAGGCCCACUUCAGAUAAUAAAGCGGAGGGCAAGGAAGAUGGAUCUCACCCGAAACCUGCUGAAGAAGGUACCUCUGGCAGUGUACCCACAGCAGUUGAGACUAAUUCAUCAACUUCAAGUGCCCCUAAACUGAAUUUCCGAAGACCAGCCUUCUCAGUGCGUCCCAAGCCUAGUAUACGAGGGUUGGGUGUUCCAAAUUUGCAUGGAUCUCAGUCUGCUUCCAUUGUGCUUUCAUCCUCUUCCAAAACUGAAGAAAAUGUUGUUUCCGGUGAUGCUGCAGAGUCGGCCAUUUUGAAGAAACCAGAAGAACCAGUGUCCGUUCCAGUGCCUUUUGAUGUUAAGGAAGAUUCUGCAAGAACACUUGAAAAAGAAGUGUCGGUUGAGGCUGAAAGUGGAAAUACAGAAAAACACAUAUCAAAAGAUAAAGAUAAAUCCAUUCCAAUUACAAAAUCUCAAUUCCUUUCUUGCCCUGAACUUGGCACGAAAACAACCAAAUCACCUGCUGCAGCUGAAUCGUCUGCAAACCAAGUAUCUGAUACUUCUGUGCUUCUCCCUGUUGUUGACACAGAAACUGCUGUUGGCAAAGAGAAACAAUACAAUACUAAAGACAUUUCUAAACCAAGCCCCACUACACUGGAAAAUGAAACCUCACUUUUAUCAAGACGUAGCCGUUUUCGGAUCCAACCCAAGCCUCGAACCAAAACUGUUGAUCAGACUUCUGCUUCUUCCUCCUCAAAGCAGGCUGCUGUUAGUCUCCCAACAAUCCAGCCUGUCACUCCUAAAACUGAUCUAUCAGCAAGCCCAAAAUAUGCAGUUACAUCAAAAACUGAUGACAGUAAACAGAAAGAUGACUCUAAAGGUGAAGAUAAUAAAAAAGACAUUGAUGCCAAUUCCAGAGGAAUGGAUAGAAAGAUUGAAACGGCAAUUUUGCCAAGACGUAGUCGUUUUCAGGCCCAACCCAAACUGAGAGCCAAGACAACACUCAAGUCUUCUACCUCCUCUUCUGAACCCAGUCUGAUGACUUUGGCAGCAGACCAGCCUGUUACCGGUAAUGAAACUCUAUCAGCAGAAAUGAUAGAAGUGAAUGACAUUAAACAAAAAAAUGAUUCUGAAAACAACAAUGAUAAUCAAGAUGCUGCUGUAUCCAAAGAAAUGGCUACAAAGAUUAAAACAACUUUGUCCAAGGACAGCCAUAUUAAAAUACAGCCUAAGUCAAAUGCUAAAACUGCAAAUCAGUCUUCUGCCUCCACCCCAAAACAAACUGUUUCAAAUCUCCCAGAAAGUGAAACUUCAUCUGUAUCAACAGAAGUCACAAGUACAUUAAAACCUUAUGGUGUCAAACUAAAAGACGACUCUGAGAUAAAGGUUACUGACAAAGACGCUGGUGCUGCUAAUGAUAAAGAAACAACUGUAAAAGAAGCUCCUGUUCCAACUUUGUCCCGGCGCAUGAGGUUCCAUAUUCGCCCCAAAUUAGGAGCAUCUCAGCCCAAAGAUGAAUCACCAAGUGCUCCGGUUGAAGUGAAAACAACUGAUGAAACAUUAAAGACUCCAAAAGAAACAACUUCAGUUGCUGAAUCUUCCAUUCUGCCAAGACGUAACCGCUUUCAGAUUCAACCCAAACCUAGUGUCAAGACGACCAAACAAUCUUCUUCCUCUUUACCUAAGGUUACCACUGCAGAAAUGUCACAUAGACCUUUAAUCUCUGAUAAUGACACAGCUGUGACAUGUUCAGGAGAUGUGACAUUAGAAACUGGUGAUAACAAACGGAAAGAGGAAAGUAAAAAUGAAGUUCCUAACAAAGAUACCGAUGAUGCAACCAAAGAAUUACCUUCAGAAAGCUUAACUUUUGUUGCUCUCAGCAAUACUUUCUCCAUUAUACCCCACCACACACUUCUUGUUUGUGCUACUUGUUCAUUCAUCCAUAUGCUUAAACUCAUCAAAGAGCAAACUCCACUUCCAACCUUAUCACGGCGUUCACGGUUUCAAAUUCAGCCCAAGAUAGGAGUAUCCCAAUCCAAAGAUAACCAGCCGAGUGCUUCAGGUAAUGAGGAAAAUGCAAAAACGCCAUCAACUGAAAAUGCCGGCAAAAGACGGAACCGUUUUCAGAUCCAGCCCAGGCCAAACGCUAAGACUGCAGAACAAUCUUCUGCAAUGGCAGCAUCCAAGAAAACCGAGUCAAACCAGUCUGAGACUAAUGACAUUCCAUCAACAUCUGUUGAAGCAAUAACAUCUGAAGCUGACAGCAAAACAACAAAUGAUCCAGAGAACAAAGAUGGAAACAUUUCUUCCAAAGAUGCAACUUCAAAGAUAGAGAAAACUGCUGUUCCAACUUUGUCCCGACGCUCAAGGUUCCAGGUUCGUCCCAAACUUGGGAUAUCUAAAGAAGUGCUCAAGGGUCCUGGCAAACCAACUGAAGCAAAAGAAAAACGAGCUGAGAAAAAGUCCCCACCAAAAUCUACCACUCCUCCUGUUGCUGUUCUGAGCACAUCCAAGGAUGCUAAACGAAACAAAGAAGGCAGACAGUCUGUGUCACCUCAGGCAACCACCGAAGAUGAUUUGCUAAAUUCUGAAAGUCGAAAACUAUCAGAGAAAUCAUUUAGUGAUUCUAGGGUUCCAACAACACCUGUGAAAUUGACUGGCAAAAACAGUGUCUCUUCUCCAUUAAAGGACAACGUUCAAAUUGAAAAUAUCAAGCAAAGAGAAUAUCCGGUUAAUGUGCACAAAUCUGGCAAAACACUGAGCACAGUUGGGACUGAUUUUUCUUUGAUGACAAAUCUUUUUACCAAAAAAACCAGAAGAGAUUUAAAGAAUAAAUUCAAGCGUGAAGAAAGAAAUAACCGAUGGUUGGUGGAUAAAGCAAUCAAGCAACAAUUACAGUUUGAUGAAAAAUUAUUUGAAGAAUUGUCAGAAAGUGAAGAGGAGGAAGAAGAGCCGCCAACUAAAAAGAGUCGACAGAAGAAAGAGUCUUCUGAGUCUCAGAAGAAGAAAGACAACAAAUCUGGCAAAAAUAAGAAGACACCAAAGUCAGAUUCUUCUUCACCCAUAAAGAAAGCAAGGAAAUCAAAGAAAAUUAGUAACAAAGAUUGGAUUAUUGGUAGCCAAGAUGACGAGGAAGAGGAAGAACCAGAGGACAUCGUGGAAGAAAUUGUUGAAGAGGAACCAGUUCAUGAUGAGAUGUUGAUUGUUCCAGAAAAUGUUCCUUUCUGUGAUGAUGCUCUCAUAAGGUUUGUCUUUCUCCAUCUUUAUGUUGUUGGGAUGGUUUACAAAAAUUUUUUUUCUUUUUUUUUUCCUCUUUUUUUCUUUUUUUUUUCCUCUUUUUUCCUCUUUUUUCCUCUUUUUUUCUUUUUUUUUUCCUUUUUUUUCCUUUUUUUUUCUUUCUUUUCCUCUUUUUUUAUUUCUUUUCCCUCUUUUUUUCCUCUUUUUCUUUUUUUUUUACCUCUUUUUUCUUUUUUUCCUCUGUUUUCCUUUUUUACUUUUUUCUUUUUUCUUUCUCUCUCUCUUUUUUCUUAA